CCGGCUCGUGUCGCGUGUGUGCUGUGCGAGUUUUUUGCUUGUAAAGCCGGCUUUUUUCUCAAGUUUUGCACGCUUUUCUUCGUGCGACCAUGACUAUUUUGGUGCUCACUUUGUCUCGUGUAAAUACCGUCAUUGAGUUGUGAGUGAAGUGUUGUAUCUAUCUUUGACGCUCUCGCGUAAGACGCUUUUCGCCGCAUGUUUUGGAAAUUGCUCUGCGAUACGAGCUGAUUUGGUGUUUAUAUAUAUCGUGUCGAUCAUCAAAGUCAUCACGAUGGAGAAGGAUCGGCAGAUUUUGAUCGACAUUCCUAAUGAUAUGCUGAAUGAAAAGAUGAGCGGCAAGCGAACGAGAAGCUUCAAAUGUGCCGUCCACCAUCGAGAUCGGGAAGUCUGCUCGGAGAAUGACUUCCAUCUGCUGACCGACGAGCCACCGCUCUUCCGAAGGAUGGUACGCAUGAUUGGCGACGAGUUCCUGACGGAGGAGCGCGACCGCAAGUAUUACGCUGAUCACUAUACCUGCUGUCCACCGCCCCUCUUCAUCAUCCUCAUCACUCUCGUCGAGCUGGGUUUCUUCACCUACUACACAGUGGUCAAGGGUAAAGUGAAUCCUUCGGGGCCGGUCCCCAUCGACAGUGUAUUCAUCUACCGACCAGACAAACGGCUUGAACUCUGGAGGUUCGCCUUUUACAUGUUCCUUCACGCUGGAUGGCUCCACCUGCUGUUCAAUCUGGGCGUGCAGGUGGUCGUGGGUCUACCGCUGGAGAUGGUGCACGGCAGCCUGAGGAUCGCCGCCGUGUACAUGGCCGGUGUGCUCGCCGGUUCUCUGGGUACAUCAGUCUUCGACACGGACGUGUGCCUGGUGGGUGCCAGCGGCGGUGUGUACGCACUGCUGGCCGCGCAUCUCGCCAACGUGAUGCUCAACUACAACAACAUGGAGUUUGGCAUCGUGCGCCUCAUCGGCAUCUUCAUCAUCGCGAGCGCCGACGUGGGCUUCGCCAUCUACGACAGGUACGCAGCCGAGCAGCUGGGACCGCCGGUGGCCUACGCCUCGGCGUCGGAACAACUGGCAGGCCCGCCGGUUUCGUACGUGGCGCACUUGACCGGGGCGCUGGCGGGCCUGACGAUCGGUCUGCUGGUGCUCAAGAACUUUGAGCAGCGACUGCACGAGCAGCUGCUCUGGUGGGUGGCGCUGGGCGUGUACGCCGCCUGCACGAUAUUCGCCGUCAUGUACAACCUGCUCCACCCGGACUACCCAUGACGCGAGGUGAGCUUCGCUUACGGCCACCCGGUGAUGAGGGUGACGUAACGCGAGGCUCCAGAGCCGCCGCCGCCGCAGCCGCAGCCCUCGUCGUCGUCGUCGUCGUCGUCGUCGUCGUCGUCGUCGCGCCAGAGACGAGGCUGCGUGUAGCAUUGGGCACAGCGGCGGAGCGGUACGGUGAAGCACUGGCCAAGGAGCGCCCCAUCGAGAUAAGACUGAGAGCGAAAGGAGCGAGAGGCGAUACGCUAGGCGCGAGGCGCGAGGACGAGCGAUAUUUUUCUGUAUGGCGCUGCGAUCGCAAAGCGUGCGCCUGUGCUGUUGUUGUUCAUUGUAAAUAUUGUACAGCUAGAGAGCGAGCGAGUGGAACGGGUAUGCGCAGCCUGUUGCCUUCUCUUGCCUUCUUUUGCCUUCGUUUUCCGUUUUUUAAACGUUCCGAGACAGUCCACUCGAGCUUGCGCUUGUGAUUCGCAUUCCUUGAGAGAUUCUUGAGAUGUACCAAUAAGUAAGCUCACUCGGACGGAUCGUCCAGUUCGUCUCGAGGAUUCGACUGUGUUCUUAAGUUAGUCCUGUCGUGGCGGUCGCUCGUAGCAUCGCGUUCAGCCGUCCUUGUACGCGCCGAAAUUGGGCUGUAUCGCAAAGGCAAGUCCGUGCGAACGUCGAUGCCAGACGCUCGUCUGUCCGCUGACUGUCGUUUAUUCGGCGCAACGAACCGAGUUGGUCGAGUUUACCGUUUGCGCGCGCAAGGGAACGAGCAGGCGGCACGGCGGCACGGCGGCACGGCGGCACGGCGGCACAGCGGAGCAGCAAAAGCAGCAAAGUCGACCAAAAGCAGAGCUCGCGACGGAAUGAGAGUAAGAGUGAGAGUGAUGAACGAUGCUAGUCAAUUAGUACUCAAGGGCUGGACGAGCGGAACGGCGCGCGAACAAUUCAGUCUGCUGUGCGCCUACGCACGUACAACAGGGAGACUCGCGCGCUACUUGUCUGUGGAGCACUUUACACGCAGAACCGAUCGCUUCGGCUUCUUUGCUUCUUUGCAGUGAUGAGCGUUUGGUUGCUCUCUUGAUCGCGUUUCUUUGCUCUCUUUCUUCUUUCUACUUCAUUUUCUUUCGAUGUCUCUUCAGAAUAUUUAAGCCACUUCUGCCUUGUAGAGUGUUUCCAUACUUUCCCGUUGCUAAAGGAUAAGCUUGCAAGCUCGAGGCUGAUCUCAACUAUUUGCGUUGUAAAUAUACUUGGGUGAAGGAUUGCUGAUAAAGAGUCAAAUCGAAAUGUGUAUAGCAGUUCUAAUCAUUGUCAAUACCUUUAUUCUAAAGCUGAAACCCUGUACUACGUUUAUUAUUUAUGUAUAAGUGUGCAGAGAAAGAGAGAGAGAGAGAGAGAGAGAGAGAGAGAGAGAGAGAGAGAGAGAGAGAGAGAGAGAGAGCGAGAGAGAGCGAGAGCGAGAACGCCCAAGUGUUUGUGUUGAUUAAAAAGGUAUAGCUGUGUCGUCGCUGAAUCGCAUUAGAUAGUCUAUUUAUUUGUGAAAAGUCAUUUCAAUGCAAUUUGUGUUUUGUUUCUAUUCCGUACAAAGGCGGUCGUUUUAUGUAUACUACAACUGUAAGCUCGUUACGAUUCUAUAUACAUCCAUUACGAUCUAUGCUUCAACGUAAGCAGUCACAAUUAAUUGUAUCUGCUUCUGCAACUUAGUAAUUAAGGUUUCUUUUCACUGUCACCAUGAUAUUACUUUAGAUAAACAAUCACUCGUCAAAAUAACAAUCCAUGGUAAUGGUGUUAUGCAAAAACAUUUUCCACGGAAUGAUUACCAUAAAGGAUGCCUGAAUCGAAUCGAGCGCGUGAAUGUUUUAAAGUGAGAAACAAAUUGUUUGCUCGUGUACCUUGGAAUCUCACAAAAUAUUCAAAACCUUCAAUGUUUUAAAACAAGAACUACUUAGGCAAACGUGUAGAGUAAAUGCAGUUUAAUGCUCUUUUCCCUUCUAUCAAGUUAGGUGUCGUUGUAAUAAUUAUUUUUCACGACAGAAAUAAGAAAACAAUAAAUACUGUCGAGAGAUUCUAGAGUGCGUGACGCAAAGUUUUACUAUGGUAGAUUAAAAAGAAAAAAAGUAUAUAUACACAUAAUAAUUUAUAUUAUAUACGGUCAGUCACAAGUCCACAAGCCAAAGAGGUGGAGCUAGUAGAAAAAAAGCGUUUCAAAUGUUUAUUGUAUAACUCAACGAUGAUUCCUCGCUAGGAUAUUUCGCGCAGUGAAAAGCUUAUCGCUGGACGAGACAGAGAAAAGUGUGCGAUGGAAAACAAAUGUAAUUCCACAUAUUUCACAUGAAGCAGUGAGAAUAGCUGUUUUUUUAUUUAUCAUGUUUCAUUGCAUUUCUGCCCUUGAGAGUAAUGGAAGCGUAUCCUUUGGCACAUUUGCUCGACGUACAGAGAUGCACUGUAAUUUUGUAAAUUGAAGAAUAAUUAAAACAAAAGAUAUCAGUAUUUUUCCUAAACCUUCGCAUCAGACAAUAUGAAAAUAUCCUUGUACAGAAUGUUGUAUAAAAUUAAAUAUUCGAACGAUAUGGAACUCUGGUGCCAAUAUUUUUAUGAUAUAUAUUUGAAAACUCGAUUGCAUUCUAAACAACUCUUGUCAUUUCAAGUGAUAGAAUUUGAAUUCGAAGCAUAAUAUAAGCAUGCUAUCUAUAACAAAACUAUUCCAUCCUCAAAUUUCAUAAACAUAUUUUCACCAGAGUCGUCUUCUCGAAGCAGUCAUAACAGUUCGUUUAGUCGAUGCGCCAAAUAAAAUUAUUUCGUUAUUCUUAUCAGCAGUGAUAGACGAUUCUAGAAUCUAUUGAUGCACCAAUCGAUCUUUGUUUGCAUAACAAAGCGGACAAUUAUUUAUGAUGGCUAGCAUUUAAAUGCAUUUACCAAAUAUUUCUAUAAGUAAUGAUACGUUCCCUUAGUAAUUAUAAUUUAUAUCUUACAGUUUGGAUCAAAAGCUCUGUACUGCCAGCGAAACUUUUUUCUUGAAAAUUUGUCACAAAUUAAAAAAACAAUUACUGCGAGAAAAAAACCAAUUGUAUUUAUUGUAACUUUAAAACUGCUAAUAAGAUUCUGUAAAAAAAGUUUGAAAAGGGAAGAAAAGGCUUUUACAAGUCACAUUGGUAUGAUUGCACUUAAUUCAAAAUAAAUACA